CCUGGUGUGGAUGCCCGGCUGAAGAUGCGGCGAGGAGCGGAGGGAGGAAGGGGAACUGCUCCGCAGCGCUGCCGGGGUGAUGGAGAGCUACGAAGAAGAGGAAGGCACGCACGCUUGCAUAAACUCGCCUGAACUGCUGGCUGGUUUUGCUUUCGUUAGUAUUUUUUGAGAGUUUCCAGAAAGUGCUGCUUGCUGGUGACGUGAAACUGAAGUGUUUGCAGCAGGGGGCCUCUGAGUGAGCAGAGAACCCCAGCUUGCUUUUAGGAAGCGCAGCAACUGCCACGUGAAUGUGAAGCUGGAGAACCUCUCUGUGUGAAAACGCCAGCCCAGGGAUGACAUCAUGUGGGCAAGUUCCCCAAGCCUGGCCGGGCUGCGUGCGCAGAGGAAGAGGUAGCGGCCGUGGAGCUGUGUGCUUGCGAGGACGUCUCUGUGGACCUGCUGGGUGGCCUGAGAGUGGGGUCCUGCACCCGAACUGGGGUCCCCGUCUCCCAAAUUGAGCACCGAGAGGUCCUACAGCAGGUGGUGUGGGUCGCUCUCAUCUUACCCUGGUCUCUGGCUGGCACAUCUCCUGAAGGAAGCUUUUAAAGGCCGUGAAACCCUAGCCAUGGUUGUACUGCUCACCGCUUUUCAGUGACUUCGUGGGAAGAGCGAGCCCGCGUGCGGAGAGCCACCUGGCCUGCCUCUUCUCCCGGCCUCUGGCGCUGAGCUGUGGCACCGCGGGGCUGCCAAGGACAAAGCUGCAGUGAGCGGGUGGCCUGAGCCAGGCCCAGGGACCCGGCGUGUCCCGGGAUUCGUCGUGCCCCGCAGUGGAGACGUCAGCUCGGGGCGAGGAAGGCUCACGACCGGUUAGAUGCCCGAAGGGGAGAGCACAGCUCCGGCUGAACGGAUGCAUCUCGGCACCUGAUACCAGGCUCAGCUUCUGACAUGAAGAAAGACAUAGACACUUUAAUAACCCAGGAAAAAGCGGAGAUCGUUGCCAAGUAUGAGAAGGGCAGGCAGGAGGGAGCCGAGAUUGACCCAUGGGAAGAUGCCGACUUCACGCUCUACAAAGUCACCGACCGCUUUGGGUUCCUGCACGAGCAGGAGCUGCCGACCCGCACCGCCUUGGAGGAGAAGCAAAAACAGCAGGAAAUCGAACGCGUGGACAAGUGGCUGAAGAUGCUGAAGAAAUGGGGCAAAUACAGAAACAGUGACAAGAUGUGUCGGCGAGUGUACAAGGGCAUCCCGCUCCAGGUGCGAGGCCAGGUCUGGUCACUCCUGCUGGAUGUCGAGAAGAUGAAGAAGGAGAACGAAGGAAAAUACGAGCAAAUGAAAGAACAAGCGAAGAGCUUGUCCUCGGAAAUCAAGCAGAUAGACCUGGACGUUAACCGCACCUUCCGAAACCACAUCAUGUUUCGGGACCGCUACGGAGUGAAGCAACAGGCUCUGUUCCACGUCUUGUCGGCGUACUCUGUUUAUAACACCGAGGUGAGCUACUGCCAAGGGAUGAGUCAGAUCGCAGCCAUCCUGCUGAUGUACUUGAAUGAAGAGGACGCAUUUUGGGCGCUGGCACAGCUGCUGACCAACCAGAAGCACGCAAUGCAUGGUUUUUUCAUUCCCGGGUUCCCGAAGCUGCAGAGAUUUCAAGCUCAUCACGAGCAGAUUUUAAGCAAACUGUUCCCGAAACUGAAGAAGCACAUGGACAAGGAGCAGAUGACAACGGGGAUUUACACGACCAAGUGGUUCCUGCAGUGUUUCAUCGACCGGACGCCCUUCACCCUCACCCUGCGGCUCUGGGAUAUCUACAUCCUGGAAGGAGAGCGGGUGCUGACGGCCAUGGCCUACACCAUUCUCAAGCUGCACAAAAAGCGCUUGCUGAAGAUGACGCUGGAAGACCUGCGGGAGUUUCUGCAGGAGAAAAUCGCCGCGUCGCUGCAGUACGAGGAUGAUGCUGUCAUCGAGCAGCUGCAGGUGUCGAUGAGCGAGCUGCGCAAGAUGAAGUUUGACCUCCCCCCGCCAGCGAAGCCCGAGGAGUUCCCACGCAAACCCCUGGGCCUGGAGCUCUCCCUCAACCCGGUGGCUGUGAAGGCCAACGCGGCGGCCAAUGGCCAGAACGGGCUGCUGGGCGAGCGGCCUCCGGACAGGGAGGCCACGCAGCCUCCACCCCACAGUGGGCCUCCAGGAGGGACACCCAGCGGCACCGCCGGGGCUGCCAGGACUCCCGACCAGCUGGGCAGCGACGCCACCGAAGCGGCCGCCAGACACUUACAUCCCCCCCGGUGCUACGGCGAGGUGAAGGCUCCCGAGGACGUGCAGCAGCAGCAGCCUCCUCCACCAAGAAGCGAGGUUCCGGCUUUCCCUGCCAGCCAGGAGGCCGCUGCGGUGAGCGGAGAGCCUGCCUCACACGACAACCCCCGGAGACCUCGGGGGGAACACGAGGAGAGCCCGGUGCUGCUUGCCGCCGGCCGCAGGAGCAGAGCUGCCUCACCGGCACGGCACGGAGGCCCACAGCCUCUGCCCCAGUGCAAGUCGCCCGGCCCUGCUCCCUCCCCGCACGGCUCCGUGGACUUGCAUGACCCCAGCAUCUCGUCCGGGACUGUGCCAGCCGGGGAGGCUUUGGCAGCCGAGCAGCUUUCCAACGCAGACAGCUCACCAAGGCGGCCGAAUCCUGCUGUGCAUGGCCCGCCAGAGGUAGAGCAGGCGUCUUCCCCGCAUGGGGAGGAAGAGGAGGCACUGGCUGCCUUCCCUCCUCCUCCGCCGGCUCAGGACCUGGACUUCCCCGAGGCCGAGCAGCCGUGCGGAGCGGCGCUGCUGACCCAGAUAGACUCAAGGAGCCCGGUACCCAAGUCUGCCUCCACGGGCGAGCUCGCCAGCCUGCAGCAGGGCAUGGGCGCAGCGGAAGGACUGGGCCCAGCCCCGCACAGGCAGUCGGGCGGCAGCACCCCCCUCUUGGCGGAGACCCCGGGGCACCCCUUCCAGCGGGGAGCCGAGGGGAACAGCCCCUACGCCGUAGUAAAAACCACCACUCCCCUGCACGUGGCCCACGCCACGGAGCAAGACUUGUGGAACAGAAAGCAGGUGGCAAUGCCCUUGCCCGAGGCCGGCCGGCCCCUGGCUGCCACCUCCCUGCUGCCUCCUGCCGCCUCCGUCCUGGGGGCAGCAGCUGCCCAGGAGGGCGCCCCAAAACCAUUCAAUGCACUGAAAGCGCCGCGGCCGCCCCUCAGCCCCAAACCAAAAUUAUCCCCACAGGUUGCCAAAUCCCUCUCCGAGAACAGCUUCGGCUCAGCCUCUCCUCCCCCAGCAAAACUGCCCAAAUCGGUGACGUUUUAGUGGGGCACGUGGGGAGGUGAUGAGAGGGGCUGGAGCGGCACCGGUCCCGCAGUGCCCGUGGAGCCGUGCUUCGGUACGAGAGCCCGGGGCAGCCGGAGCUCCAGGAGCCGCCAACAAACUCCGUCUGGGUUUGCACCCGUGGUUUCUUCUCUAUGGACAGAAGUGCUUUAAUUUCGGGUUGCUCGUUGGAACUUGCCGAGCCCCGGGAUGUGCAGGGAGGUGAACUCGUGUGCUUUGGUGCUCUCUGCCUGUCUCCUGAGCUCCAGCGGUGGGUCUGUGGGCACAAGGCAGCAGAGUCCGAAAUACUCAGCAAGAGAGGCUUUCCUCCCAGCUGCCCCAUCCGUCUGGCCGACGGCGUUUCUAUUCCUGUAGCAAUAGACCUUCAGUUCUUUUUUCCAGACCCGCGGGAGGCAGCAGCCCUCCGGCCGUCUAUGCAAUUCCCUCGCCACUCCUGGCGAGGGUCCCUGUCCGCCUCCCCCCGCCGAUGUUCUCCUGGAGGGGAGGCGUUGGCAGCCGGGGCAGGUGAGCCCCUGGGCCUGGGGGGCUCCGAGCAGCGCCCCCGGCAGCGGGUGCCAGGUGGGGCCGUUCUGGUUGAAGUUUUUGAGGGGGCAAGGCCAGCGGGGAGGGGUGAGCCAGGCCUGCAUGGCCUUUCCCUCGCGGGUCCAGGACGGCGAGCAGGCUCGCUGCCUGAAACCAGCUGAAGGGGAGCAGGGGCUGCUGCUGCCCCGCUCAACCUGGUGAGCUGCUGGAGCUGUGCGCUGGUGGCUCGGCACAGUGCCCGAGCUGGAGCCUGCUGCUGCUCCGAGCGGGUGAAGCUUCAGGGUGGAAAUGGUGUAGAAGUUAGGACGGGCGAGCACGUUGCCCAGAAACCUCGGGUCAGCCCUGCUGGUUUAGGCUAGCCAGAAACUGCUGCCUGAGGAAGGAAAACAUGGGCACGGAGAGGGGGAGAUGAUGCUCCAGAGUCCCCACUUGCUCUUCAUGCAGGGAGAAGUCCUGGUGGGCUGGCCAUCUCCUCCCCUUCCCCGUGAGCACUCAGGAUCCAAGCUGAUCCUUGCCUCCAGCUCCUCUUCCCCAGCAGCUCUUCCCUGCCCAGGGGGCUGUGGGUGCUCACCCUACAAAGGAACGGGGCCAAACUCGUGUUUGCAGCCCUCGGCAGCUGCCUCACCUCUCCAGGCAAGAAGGAGGCUGGAGGAAGGCAGCAGGCAGUGAACUCGAGUCCGAACGUGCUGUGUUUUUUGCUGCUUUCCUGAAGGCCUCCUGCAGAUGCCACCUUCUGGGCAGCAGCUGGGACCGCUGGCCUGCGAACCCGGGCACGAGCUCCCUCCAAGUCUCAGCAGCCCUCGCAGCCUGGUUUUCAUCCUUUCGGCUGCUUCGAGACCAUAGCCUGAGCCAAAGCCUGCCUGGAAGCCCAGCAGAAAACACCCCCUGAAUUCCUCUGAGGGCGGUUAUCAGUUUGUGUGUGUUUGCGCCAGCAGGUAGGAGCAGCUGCUCCCCGGCUGAGUCUCCAAAGCCCCCUGCCCUCGCUCUGGGGGCCGAGAUGAGCCUGGAGCUGCCUCACAGGGGUGCUGGGAGGGGUAAGCUCUUCAGGGGACGUCCGGGAGGCGCUUUGAAGAGAAGUGCUGUGCGAAUGCUCCGUGCUUGGGCUUUGAGGCACCACGGGUCGCUUUUAGGGUAAAGGUGCUUGAACUGGUUUUAAGCUAGAGCAUGCUCUGCAGUAACUGUGCCGCAGUGAAGCCUACUCUGUGUUACAAUACCUGGGCAGUAUUUCAGGACAGGAACCCAUUGCCUUUUGCUAGGAGCCAUACCCUGCUGGCCUCUGCAGCCGCAAGGGAAGCAAGGAGAAGCAGCUGAGGGCUGCCCCAGGCCACUUUCUGUCCUCAGAGCGCUCUGCGGUGACUUAUGUGCAGGUAAGGCCUGAGCCCCUCAUUUCUGACAGCCCUCGCCCAGCGGUGUGCAUGCCCUGGUGCACAGUCUGUGCCCUUUUGCAGUAUUCACAUUGAAAAGUUGAUUUUAGGGAGCUGGCACUGCGCGGUAGCGCUGCACAAGCCACCAAGCACCGGGGUUUCCCUGCCCUCCGAGCACCCCGGCUGUAGCCAGAGCCUCGCAGCGGGUCCUCCAGCCAUCCCUGAGCCACGGGGCAGCCACCAGCGGGGUUCGGGGACCUUUGGGGUAGGGGGCAAGCAGCGGCCGUCCCCACAACAUCCCCUGCUCAACUCAGCCUGGCUCACUUGCCCUGAGGCAGCUCUUCCCCAGCCUGCUCAGCAGCAGCGGUGCCAACGCCUCGCCCCUGCCCCAACUCCCAAAGCAGCCCCGAGCCCGUAGCAAAGCCAGUGGGGCUGCCGGCAAACUCAGGAAAGGGCUCCCAGCUCCCUGCCCUGCUAGCCCCGGGAUGGCUGCCACCAAAAAACCCGGGGGCUGCGUUUUGUCCCCUGACCGAGCACUUUGAGCAGCAGCACCCAGGGCCGGGCCAGGGCCGUCCUUCCCUGGCAGCCUCCGCGCUGGAGGCUGGGGGGGGGGAGUCUCCUGCGUGCACUUUGCCAGCCCCUGACCAUCGGCUUCCAUUUGGAUUGCUAGUCUUGUUUACAGCGUCGAACGCUUCCUCCUCCCCGACUCCUCCUAAUGUAUUAUAAUUAUUACUGAAAAACUAUUUUUAUGUCUGUGCUUUUUUUUUUUCUUUUUUUUUGUAAGGAAGUUUUUUUUGGGGGGGGAAAAAAAAAGUCAAUCAUUCCUUUUUACUCCGAUCCCAACAGACUGUACAUAGUAUUCAAUGCUGUGUUUUACAUGGUUGUAAUGACGAUGGUUAAAGAAGUUUAGCAUAAA